CAGGUCUGGAGUGAUGCUGCUCUGCUGAAACUCAGCUGAUAGAAUCUGCUUCUCUUUUUCCUGUCCGGGACUUUUUGGUUCAGAUUGUUACUGCAGUCCUUUCUGUGGAAAUGUUUCCAGCCUGCAUGUUACUGAGUGCCUUCUUUCUUUCAGGUGCACUGGCUAAAUGUCCUGCUUCUGCUAACGACCUCAUCAUUGAUACGCCAGAGACGAUGGAAGCACUGAAUGGAUCUUGUUUGCAUAUCCCAUGUACCUUUAGGCCUAAGAAAGAAGAAAUUUUUGACAGCACACAGCUAAUCAGUGGAUUUUGGCUUAAACAAGGCCUCAAUGGUGGUAAAGACAGUGUGGUAUUCAAAAGUGAUGGGACAAUCAGAGUCUAUCCAAUGAAUAUAACCGGAAACCUCAAUCUGAAACAAUGCACCACUUUAUUCUCUAAUUUAAUCCCAACAUAUGAAGGCACAUACUUCUUCAGAAUGGAGAGUGAAGCAUUCAAAGCAACCGCUGUUCGUGACUGUCUUCAAAUUAAAGUGAGAGAUUCCCCUCCUGAACCAAUCAUGGAGAUUCCUGUUGAUCUGAAGGAGAAUGUGUCUGUCAAUAUAACGUGUUCAGCUGUCACUCCUUGUCCACUCUACCCUCCUAAACUCACCUGGAACGUCAAAGACUCUCACAACACCAAGGAGGAAAACCAAGAUGGAACCUUUACAACCAGAAUCCAGGAGACCAUCACUCUGACAGACAAACAUGAUGGAUACAACAUCAGCUGUUCUUCUACUUAUCCUGUGAAUGAAGGAAGAGACAACAAGACAGCAGAGGAGACAAAGACUCUCAGUGUUUCAUAUGCUCCUAAAAACACCUCAGUGUCCAUCAGUCCACCAGGUUUGCUGUCAGCUGGUGUUAAUGUGACCCUGAGCUGCUCCAGCAGAGCCAAGCCUCGUGUCAGCAGCUUCACCUGGUUCAAGAUGAGCUCAGAUGGACCCAUGAACGUAUCUGAGGGAGAGAUUUACAGCUUUAAUGUGACAGAAGGAGGAGUUUAUUUCUGUGUGGCCAAGAAUGAUCUUGGAGAUGAAAGAUCAUCAGAGAUUCAUCUUCAUGUUGAAGUUUUUUUACCAGGUCCUUCUCAAAGCUCUCAACAAUGGGGAGCAGUGAUUGGAGGAAUCUUUGGGAUUAUUGCAUUCAUCUGUCUAGCCGUAUUUGUUUGGCGUUUCUCAUCAGUAUAUACAGCUCAAAAACAGACCCAGAGUCCAACUAGUGAAGAGGCAUCUGUUGAAGGAGCAGCGAGUAAAAAUGAGGGAGGAGGAGAGGAAAAUAUCCAUUAUGGAGAGAUAGACUUCUCCAAGCUGAGACAAAACUCAUCCUGUGGCCCGUUGAAUGACAGAGGACAGCAGCAGGAGACGCUGUACGCACAGGUCAAAGUGUCGGCAAACAACCAAACUCAGACAGCUGACGGCCCAGAGGAGCUCUACUCUCGUGUGGGGAUUAAACCAAACAGAGUGGAUAAAGGGAGAACACUUGGCACAUAAGGAACACUGAACUUUGAGUAGCUGAAUAAAAACCGUCCUUGCAGACCUGGCAUUGAAAAUGUGGACAGCCAUGGUGGUGUUGAUGGUUUUCGCUCUUCGAGGUGCUCCAGCUGAUUGCGAGACUUGUGAAGCCGACCUCUCCAUCGCUACACCACUUAGCAUGGAAGCACUGAGUGGAUCCUGUUUGCAAAUCCCAUGCACAUUCACAACAACGGAGAGAAAGGACAGGUUUGAC